CGGAUAUAGUGAAUGCAGGGUCCGGGGAGACCAGAUAUAGUGAAUGCAGGGUCCGGGAGACCAGAUAUAGUGAAUGCAGGGUCCGAGGAGACCAGAUAUAGUGAAUGCAGGGGUCCGGGGAGACCAGAUAUAGUGAAUGCAGGGUCCGGGGAGACCAGAUAUAGUGAAUAAAGGGUCCGGGGAGAGCAGAUAUAGUGAAUGCAGGGUCCGGGGAGACCGGAUAUAGUGAAUGCAGGGUCUGGGGAGACCAGAUAUAGUGAAUGCAGGGUCCGGGGAGACCAGAUAUAGUGAAUGCAGGGUCC